CUCCAACACAAGAGAUGAAGGAGGAAUGUGGGAGUUUCAUGGCGGCCCUGUCUGUGAACGUGGUGACAGUCAACAUGUUACUGAGUGUCUUCUUUCUUUCAGAUUCUCCUCAGAGACCCAGAAUAGAAAUCUCAGGUGAUGUGAAGGACCUGAAGGAGAAGGAGUCUGUCACUAUAACCUGCUCAGCUUUCACUCCCUGUCCACACUCCCCUCCUGAACUCACCUGGAAUCUCCAACAAGACUCUCACAGACAAACAGAGGAAAACACAGAUGGAACCUUUACAACUAAAAUCCAGCAGAACAUCACUCUGUCACACACACAUGAUGGAUACACCAUCACAUGUUCUGCCAGAUAUCCUGUGGAUGGAGGAAAACGUGUGAACACAUCAGAGACAGAAGAGACUCUCAGUGUUUCAUAUGCUCCUAAAGACACCUCAGCAUCCAUCAGUCCAUCAGGUUUGGUGUCAGCAGGUAGCUGGGUGAAGCUGAGCUGCUCCAGCAGAGCCAAGCCUCCCGUCAGCAGCUUCACCUGGUUCAAGAUCAGCACAGAGGGACCCGUUAAUGUGUCUGAGGGACCGGUUCACAGCUUCAAUGCAACGGAUGGAGGAGUUUAUUACUGUGUGGCUGCAAAUAAACUGGGAAACCAGACGUCACAAGAAAUCCGUCUUAAUAUUAAAGACCCAUCAAACAGCUCAGCGUUGAUUAAAUUUGGAGGAAUUGCUGUGAUCAUCAUACCCAUCUGCCUGCUUGUCUGGUUUUGGAGGUUUAAGAAACGUCCAACUCAACAAGAGAAUCAGAAUCAAACAGGUGAAGAGCUUACUUUUCAAAUUCCAGCCAAUAAACCAGAGGAAGAAGUCCAUUAUGAAGACAUAAACUUUUUGACCUUUUUGACUUUGAGACCUGAAGCUUCCUCCGUCUAA